GGGAUAAUCAACAAGCUCGAAAAAGCAUGGAGGAAGAAGAACCAUUCGUUGUCGUGUCGGAGAAUCUAGCUGAUCUCGCCCACAGGAUCAAGAGCGAUCUCCCCGUCUCAGCUUCCGUCCACAACAGUAUACUCAUACGCGCGCGAGGUCACGCUGAGGAUAACACUUUCUACACGCUGUCAAAGCACCCGAACGCCCACGUGGUGUUGCGGCUAGACCAGGCCAGAAAAAAUAUUGCACUGCACUGCCGGAAGACUGAGCUCGACCUACUGGCGGAGGCGCUGAAGAAGACGCAGCUUCUAGACUGGCGGUCAAUGCUGAUAUUCUUCCACGUGCCCGACUACAUACAUGAGGUGCUUCAGGAGCUAUCAAAGACUCGGACGGGGAAAGAACUCAUGAAAAAGAAGGCCAUCGCCUUUACGUACCAUCGGGUCACGCCGGAGGAACCUUUGAAGUGCAAAGCAGGCUGGCGGGUCUGCCGUCUGGGGCGAGAAGGCGUGCGUCACAUGCUGGAAACGAGCAAAUACCAAUCGAACUCCCCCGUCGAGCCCAUGCUGCACUUUCUCCGGUCUGCUCCUUCGGCCGGCGUGUACAAGGACCCCGACGCCCAAGCAGACUCGGCCAUCGACGUGGCCAACCUGCCCUUCGGCGACGACCAGGAGAGGCCCAUAGCAUGGAUCACGACCUCGGCAUACGGCAACCUGGGCGUCCUGAUGACGGAGGAGGAGCACCGCGGACGGGGCCUGGGCAGCCUCGUGACCCAGGUGGCCGCGGGGACGAUGGACUCUCAGGGUUAUGUCCCCGUCGUCUACGUUGAUCCAGGCAACGUUCCAUCGCUAGGAAUGUUCUCGAAGUUGGCCGGGUGGGAGGAGGGCCACUGCGUCGCCUGGAUGCAGCACUUCCCGGCCAGGUCGGGUGGGAGACCGCAGUGACAGAGCUCUGGCGCUUAAGGCCAAUUGCCACAACUGUUUUUAACUCAUUGCAGAAAUGUACUUAUAGAAAGCACAUAUUGCCCUUGAUAUGUGUUGCUACAGAAAAUUAACAACGUAAAUAGAUUACACAUUAUACACGCAUCCAUUUAGUUUAGCAGUAUUUUAUGCGCAAAUGACUGCUAGCACUUGUAAGAUAAUGAAAUAAAAUUUACCAUAUUAUUCCUUCCGAAAAGGUUGAAUUAUCUUUCCUAAAUAUAAGAUAACGAGGACCAUCAUUGUAGAAAUUUAGAAUAGAUUUAGGGGAUACAUAAAACUGAAAUUCUCUUGGUCCAAAGCAUAUGUCAAAGUCUCUCCCGUCUUGUCAGUCUGUCUCUAUCUACCU